CUGCUGCUGAGGCGGCGUUAGCGGCGCAUCCGGCCUCGGGCCGUCCGGCCUCUCGGCUCGCGACUCAGCCUCUCCUGAGCCCGCCGGGGCCCGGGCCGGCCAGCACCUGCCCUAUGAGUGUGUCACUGGUUGUCAUCCGAUUGGAGCUCGCAGAACACUCGCCCGUCCCCGCCGACUUCGGCUUCAGUGCCGCUGCGGGGGAAAUGUCUGAUGAGGAGAUCAAACAGAAGACACUAGCUUCAGCUGUAGCCUCUUUAGAAGGGAAGUCACCAGGGGAGAAAGCAGCAAUCAUACAUCAGCAUCUUGGCCAUCGAGAAAUGACAGAUAUGAUCAUUGAGACCAUGAAGUGCAAGCCAGAGCUGAAAGCUACGAUGGAAGACAGGAAGUCUUCAAAAGCAUCCUCUACUGCACAGAGAAGUAAAGAGCAAAAUAAUGAGUGCAUAAACACUCCUGAUUCUCCAUCAAAACAGCUUCCUGACCAGAUUUCAUUCUUUAGUGGAAAUCCAUCAGUUGAAAUAGUUCAUGGUAUUAUGCAUCUGUACAAGACAAAUAAGAUGACCUCCUUAAAAGAAGAUGUGAGGCGCAGUGCCAUGCUGUGUAUUCUCACAGUCCCUGCUACAAUGACCAGUCAUGACCUUAUGAAGUUUGUCGCACCAUUUAAUGAAGUAAUUGAACAAAUGAAAAUCAUCAGAGACUCAACUCCAAAUCAAUAUAUGGUGCUGAUAAAGUUUAGUGCACAGACUGAUGCAGAUAGUUUUUACAUGGCGUGCAACGGCCGCCAGUUCAACUCCAUAGAAGAUGAUGUUUGUCAGCUGGUCUAUGUGGAAAGGGCCGAAGUACUGAAAUCUGAAGAUGGCGCCAGCCUCCCCGUGAUGGACCUGACCGAGCUCCCCAAGUGCACAGUGUGUCUGGAACGCAUGGACGAGUCAGUGAAUGGCAUCCUCACCACGUUGUGUAACCACAGCUUCCACAGCCAGUGUCUGCAGCGCUGGGAUGACACCACGUGUCCCGUUUGCCGGUACUGUCAAACACCAGAGCCAGUAGAAGAAAAUAAGUGUUUUGAGUGUGGCGUUCAGGAGAACCUUUGGAUUUGCUUAAUAUGUGGCCACAUAGGAUGUGGACGAUACGUAAGUCGACAUGCUUAUAAGCACUUCGAGGAAACCCAGCACACAUAUGCCAUGCAGCUCACCAACCACCGGGUCUGGGACUAUGCUGGAGAUAAUUAUGUUCAUCGACUGGUUGCAAGUAAAACAGAUGGAAAAAUAGUACAGUAUGAAUGUGAGGGUGAUACGUGCCAGGAAGAGAAAAUAGAUGCCUUACAAUUAGAGUAUUCAUAUUUACUAACAAGUCAACUGGAAUCUCAGCGAAUCUACUGGGAAAACAAGAUAGUUCGGAUAGAGAAGGACACAGCAGAGGAAAUUAACAACAUGAAAACCAAAUUUAAAGAAACAAUCGAGAAAUGUGAUAAUCUGGAACAUAGACUAAAUGAUCUCCUAAAAGAAAAGCAGUCUGUGGAAAGAAAGUGCACUCAGCUAAACACAAAAGUGGCCAAACUCACCACGGAGCUCAAAGAGGAGCAGGAAAUGAACAAGUGCUUGCGAGCCAAUCAAGUCCUCCUACAGAACAAGCUGAAAGAGGAGGAGAGGGUGUUGAAGGAGACCUGUGACCAGAAGGACCUGCAGAUCACUGAGAUCCAGGAGCAGCUGCGUGAUGUCAUGUUCUACCUGGAGACACAGCAAAAGAUCAACCAUCUGCCUGCAGAGACCCGUCAGGAGAUCCAGGAGGGACAGAUCAACAUUGCCAUGGCCUCGGCCUCCAGCGCCCCCUCCUCAGGGGGCAGUGGGAAGCUGCCCUCCAGGAAGGGCCGCAGCAAGAGGGGCAAGUGACUUUUGGAGAAACAGAUGGCCUUGAGACUUUUCCCUGUCACAGCGAGGCGUGCAGGGGUGUUCAGCUGAAUGUGAGGGUAAACCCUAAAUAAGUACCAGUGAGUACCAAUCUGCAGUUGUUUGGAUCUCUCAUUGGUUAGUUUGUGGUGUAAUUAACUGGAGGAUUGAUGCCUAGGAGAGUGAUGGGAAGGGGCAGUGUUUCAGAGGUGGCUGCAUUUUUCCACCGUAGUAGUUCACUAACCUCAGACAUUCUAAUGACCAUUUUGCCUUCCUACCUGAUAGAUGCCCCAACUCUGCUGUGCAUUUUUCCGUUGUAUUUAUUGACGUGGUGUAUUUGAUGUUCACUUCUGGCAUCUGUUUAAGAUGUCGCGUUUUUUUGGUAACCUCAGAGGUAACAUUACCUAGCACUAAAAUGCCAUACCUCCCUGGGGCCAUAGCUGCUCUAAAGAGAGGCUGGCAUUGGCUGUUGAGGAUCACUGCAAAUUCCCUAGCAUUGAUCUCACUUCAGUGUUGCCCCUGCCUGCCUCUGGGAAAUUGAAGAACUGGUUAACUGUCACAGGAAGAGAGGCCGGCCUUGUAAAUCAGGCACUGGCUUGUCACCAUCAGCCAUCUCUUCUUGCUCUAGGGCUAGCCAGGAAAAACAAACAACCCGGGGCAGGCUGAGUAGAACCAGUGUAGGAAAAAUGGUGGUGUUUCCACUUUGUUUGUUUUUGAUGACUCCACACCUCAUGAACCUCAAACAGGCAGGAGGCUUAAUUGUUGCUCUAAGAUUCAAAUCUCAGAGUGGGUUUCCUAGCAUCUAGCAGGAAUAAGCAGGCAGAUUUCUCAUCCCUGUGAAAAUGUAGAGUGAAGUCUCUGACUUGCAGCAGAUUGUGUAUUUUGCUGGGAUCAGUAUUUUCUGACUGUUUACAAAAGAUUGGUUUGCAUGUUCAGGUUGUGGCUGGAGGGGGCAUGGGUUUAUUUUCAGUUACGCUUUCAUGAUAGAGCCAAAGGCUGUUUCUAAAUCAGAAAAUUAGAAUUUUAACAGAGCCCCUUUAAAACAGUCACAUAAUGCUUGUUGUGAGCCAAUAGAGGGGCUGUGUACUCUCUAGAAAAAUAAAUUACAGAUAAAUCAUAAUAGGCAGUAAUUGAGCAACAAUAAUGUAAUUUAACUUCCAAAAGAGGUAACUGGAUAACAAGACAUACCUUUAAAUGAUGAGUUUUGUUUUCUGCUUUAUAAUUAGCCAGAGUUUUCAAAGGAUCACAUUUCAGAAUUGCUUUUUAGCCUAUGGUUGGACCUCAUCCCCAUUGACCUAAAUGUCUUCCAGGUUAGCACACCAACUGUAUCACUAUUCACCAUAUCCAUUUUUGUGGGAUGUGCUGCAACAUUUCCCAAAGAACCUUACCUGCAACUUUGCAAAAUGAAUGUACUCAGACAUUCUUAGUUUUUACUUAGACCAACUCUCUAAGUCCCCCUUGGACUUACAUGUACAGAUAUCUGAAAGCAAGAGUGGGAAUGUAAAGCAUAAUCUAAUCCUCUUUCCUAUAGAGAUUCUAUUUUAUUUAAAAUCUAUUUUUACACUAGUUAGACUCCUGCUUUUUUGGCCAAGUACUUGUCUUGCAUGUCUGACCUUGCAGAAGCUGGGAUGGAUCAGAGCAUACUAAUUAAGAGAAUUACGAAGUAGUUUACGAAGCUUGCUUGCUCCUCAUUUCUCUGUGAUCACCUCCAUCAAGCAGCCCUACCACCAGCUGGGAGAACAGAGGUAUUUUUUCAGUACAGGUAGGAUAUAAAUGCUCUGAAAGGCUGUGCCUAGAAAAUUGAGCAAAUGGGAAAAUGUUUCCAAACUACUUGAAGGUUUAAAAAAAUGUUCUAGGAAAAAAGAGUCCUAUUAGCUAUGUAAAAAAAAAUGAUUUUUUUUAAAGGUCAAAGAGUCAUGUUUGAAUUUGACAAAAUUACAUAAGAGAGAAGCUGUUAGUGUUUUCUUCAGGAUAGAAAUAAACCAUUUAACAUGUCCCUACUACCUUGAACAAUGAAGUUGCAUUAAAAUUAUCAAACUUUGAAA